GGAGCGCUUCCUGUUUACAGUUGUACGUAACGACUGCAGCACGAAGCCACGCCCCUCCUCAUUGACGGCAAAAUGGCGGCGGAGAGCUGUGAUGCUGUGAACAUGGACCCUGACAUGGAACUGCUCAGCGACGAGGAAUUAGAAAGGGAAGCGGAGGGCUUCAAAGAACAAGGCAAUGCCUUUUAUAUCAAGAAGGAUUAUGCAGAAGCCUUCAAUUAUUACACCAAGGCCAUCGAUAUGUGUCCAAAAAAUGCAAGUUACUAUGGAAACCGGGCGGCCACACUAAUGAUGCUGUGUCGGUACCGAGAGGCUUUAGAGGAUUCCCAGCAGGCAGUACGGCUAGACAAUUCCUUCAUGAAGGGACAUCUGCGGGAGGGUAAAUGCCACCUGUCCCUUGGCAACGCGAUGGCCGCCAGCCGCUGCUUCCAGAGAGUUCUGGAACUGGAGCCGGACAACAGCAAGGCCCAGCAGGAGCUUAGGAAUGCAGAAUCUAUCCUGGAGUACGAGCGAAUGGCAGAGAUUGGAUUUGAGAAGAGAGACUUCAGAAUGGUUGUGUUUUGCAUGGACCGUGCCUUGGAGUCUGCCUCAGCUUGUCACAGGUUCAAGAUACUGAAGGCCGAGUGUUUAGCCCUGCUGGGUCGAUACCCCGAGGCUCAGUCUGUAGCCAGUGAUAUUCUGCGGAUGGACUCCACUAACGCAGACGCUCUGUACGUUCGCGGUCUUUGUCUGUACUACGAGGACUGCAUUGAUAAGGCCGUCCAGUUCUUCGUCCAGGCCCUUCGUAUGGCUCCCGACCACGAUAAGGCUCGGCUCGCAUGCAGAAAUGCCAAAGCACUAAAAGCCAAGAAGGAGGAGGGCAACAAGGCGUUCAAGGAAGGAAACUUUGAGGCUGCCUAUGAGCUGUACUCAGAGGCGCUAACAAUAGACCCAAAUAACAUCAAGACUAAUGCCAAGCUGUACUGUAACAGAGCCACUGUUGGAUCUAAGCUGAAGAAACUAGAACAGGCCAUUGAAGACUGCACGAAGGCCAUUAAGCUGGAUGAGACCUACAUCAAGGCCUAUUUAAGGAGAGCGCAGUGCUACAUGGACACAGAACAGUACGAAGAGGCAGUGCGGGAUUAUGAGAAGGUAUACCAGACAGAGAAGACAAAAGAACACAAACACCUCCUGAAAAAUGCUCAGCUGGAGUUGAAGAAAAGCAAACGGAAAGAUUACUACAAGGUUCUCGGUGUGGAUAAAAACGCCACAGAAGAGGAGAUUAAGAAAGCCUACCGCAAGCGGGCGCUUUUACAUCACCCAGACCGUCACAGUGGAGCGAGUCCUGAGGUGCAGAAGGAAGAAGAGAAGAAGUUUAAGGAGGUUGGAGAAGCUUUCAGCGUUCUUUCAGACCCAAAGAAGAAAUCUCGCUACGACAGCGGACAGGAUCUCGAGGACGACGGCAUGAACAUGGGAGAAUUUGAUGCCAACAACAUUUUCAAAGCGUUCUUCGGAGGUCCGGGAGGUUUUAGUUUUGAAGCAUCUGGACCUGGAAAUUUCUUCUUCCAGUUUGGUUAAUCGGAAGACUUGUCCACCUCAACAGCUACUACAUCAGGACUUUUCAGCAAUGUCGACCCCUAAACCCACCAUCUGUAUUUAAUGACUGACUGAGUCAGGUUCUUGUCUAUGCCAUUGACUGAAUGAAUGCAACCCAAUGACCACAGGCAGCAAAACGAUUAAACGCCCAUAUAGCAGCAGGACACCACGGCGGCUCUGACUCAGUUGAUAGCGUUACUGGUUUUUAGUUUUCUUCCUUCCAGAACGAAACAAACUUGAAGGUCAGUAAUGACUAACAACACUGGUCCAAAUAUAUUCUCCGGAGGUGUGAUUUUAGGAGAGAUUGUGCAGCUAUUCAGAGCUUUUUAGGGAUCCGAUGCAGGAUGAGUGCCAUCCGGGAGGAAACUUGCUCGCUUUUACCCUGCUCAUCUCGACUUACUGCUGAGGGGAGUUUUUUUUUUCUCUUUUUCUCUGCAUGAAACUUAACUUGCUCACUGAUUUCUGAGGAAAAUCACUGAGCAAGCGGUGCCUCUCCUCCUCUUUAUUUUUGAAGAAACCUGUCGCUCGGACAGACAGUUGGCUGCUACGAAUUCGCACUGAAAACUGCCUCCCCGGUCAUUUUUUCUAAAAUUUGACAACAGCUGGCGUCUAAAGCUAUUCUCACAUAAACACACAGCGAAGCACAGUAGUACAGAUGGCGGCGGCGCUGUCCCUCCUUGUUGCGUUUCUCGUUGUCACAGGUUUUCCGUUUGACGUUGCCAUUCACAGAUUGCUGCAUUGUACAUUUUACUGGAAUGUAAAGUGUUGAUUUGUGAUGAUAGUUGAUUAUUUUUUUUCCAUUUUUUUAAAAUUUUCAUAUGUAUAUUUAUUGUAAAUUUUGCUGUCUGAUAGAAGCAUUGGCAUGAGAUGAAGACGCUCUUCUGUCUGAAAGAGAUUUUUAACUGAGAUAAAAAAAAAACAAACCUCAGGAAGGAAUUUGUUUUGCUCGGCCUGCAUGAAAUGUCGUGCUAAAGUUGAAUAUGCUGUACGUGUUACUCGACCGUGAUGCAAACUGUUUAAUUUUGCUCAGUUCAACAGAUAGAAUAUCAUAAUAAUGUCUGAGAAAGUUCAGUUACUUCCUGAUGAGUGCAGAGGAGAAGAAGAAGAAGAGCGUCCUCAUCUGUGUUCUCAUUGUUUUUGACCUUUAAUGGUGAAACCAUCUUCUCUUUACCCUGGAAAAGUACCAGCCGUGUCAAUAAAGUUGGCCUCCUCUGGGUUUCCCCUAAA